CGGCAUCUUACCACGGUGACCCUGGACUGUGAGUCAGGCCAGGCUGAACAGGGCUUAUGACGCGCAUGACUUUGAGCCAAUCCACAGAUGCAUGCACGCUCACAAGCCCGAGUUGAGCGCCGCCGCACGGCUUUGACCCGCCUCUCAGAAGGUGUAGCUAGAACACUACCCACCUACCCACUCCCCCCACGGCCUCUAUAUGAGACUGGAACCUGAGGUGCGCUGUGCUGCCCCCUGAUGGAUCACAGUAGUAGUGAGCAAAAUCACGAGGAGCUGGACCCGGGAGGCCGCGGAGCGCCAGAGGGCAGGCGGGCGUCCGAGCCCGAGCACAGCCUGUCCAAAAUCACCCACAAUGCCUUGGAAAACAUAGGUGUGCUGGGGCAGGGCUUGAAGCAGCUCUUCCAGCACCAGCGAAGACGCUCGUCCGUGUCGCCGCUCGGUGCGGGCUCCUCCCCCUCCGCCUCCUCCACAGGCAGCCCCGCCCCCGAGCCCUCGGAGGCGGGGCCGGAGUCGGGGGACGCCCCCCUGGCCCUGGCUGACACUGACCCCCACGCUUCCGCCCACCCCACAGCUCUGAACCGCGUGCUGCAGCAGAUCCGAGGCGCCCCCAUGAUGAAGCGCGGGACCAGUCUGCAGAGCCGCCGCAGCAAGGCUGCCGGGGACCCGCCCAAAGGCAGCCCCCAGAUCCACCGGCGCAGCACCCAGGAGGCCCUGAUACAGGCGGGCCGGCCGCGCUCCUCCUCCACCACCGACGCCCCCAGCAGCCCCGCCCUGGCCGAGGCACUGCUGACCUGCACAUACCCCGCCGCGGAGGAGCCUGAGCGGGUCCCGCCGCUGUCGCGUGUGCGCCCGGCGCGCUCCGAGGCCGCGCGCUCCGCGAUCGGAGAGAACACCGAGGGCUCGCGGGCACGCAGAUCUGCGCUGGGAGACGCUGCACCUGUCACCUACCAGCAUGUGUGCGGUGCAGAUGGGAAGCAGAACAGGAAUCGCUGUGCUCACCCGGGCAUGUGUGCUGACACCUAG